GGGAAGCCUUGCCAAGCCUGCCCCUCAUUCCCCUCACUCGCUCUCUUUCUUGUUUCUUCCCGCGCUCGCAAUCAUAACAGCAACUUCAACAUCUUCCACCUAAUCCCAGGCCGCCGUAUUCUAUCGCCAAAAUGUCCGUCACAACGAAAGCAACCAUUGCCUCUUUCGGCGGCAAGCUUCUCAAGCUUAGCCAUGCCGCCAAGUCCACCAACUGCGAAAUGUCCUUCAACCUGUACCUCCCGCCGCAGGCAUACAAGACACCCAACCAGAAACUACCUGUCCUGAUCUAUCUUUCCGGUCUGACUUGCACAGCGGACAACUGCUCUGAGAAGGGCUUCUUCCAGCACGGAGCCAGCAAGAAGGGAAUUGCCGUCUUGUACCCAGACACAAGUCCUCGCGGCCUCGACAUCCCCGGCGAAAACGACUCGUGGGACUUUGGCACUGGUGCCGGUUUCUACGUCAACGCCACAAAGGAACCCUACAACAAGGGUUACAACAUGUACGAUUACGUCACUGAGGAGCUGCCCGCGACAGUCUUUGAAGCGUUCCCACAGCUCGAUAGCAGCCGUGUCAGUAUCACCGGGCACAGCAUGGGCGGGCAUGGUGCGCUGACGCUCUUCCUGCGCAACCCUGGCAAGUAUAAGAGUGUUUCUGCGUUCGCACCCAUCUCGAACCCGAUUAACUGUCCUUGGGGACAGAAGGCGUUUGGCGGGUAUCUUGGGGAGGAGAACAAGGAGCAAUGGAAGGAGCAUGAUGCGUCAGAGUUGGUCAAGGGGUGGAAGGGGAAGGAGUUGGAUGUUUUGAUUGAUGUGGGAACGGGCGACAACUUUUAUAAGCAAGGCCAGCUUCUCCCUGAGAACCUGGAGAAGGCGGCAAAGGAAGCUGGUGUCACGGGGAUCAAGGUGCGGUACCAGCCGGAUUAUGACCACAGUUAUUAUACCAUGGCGACGUUCUCGGAUGACCACGUCGAGCAUGCGGCCAAGUAUCUCUUUGCAUAGUGGGUUCUCCCCUUCUCUCUCUUCCUCAUUCCGUCUCUAGGUGGAAUGUGUCGGGGAUGAUGGCGGCAUGUUCUGAUAUUGGCCAGCGACCGACAGGCGAAUCUUUGAUAUAGAUAAAAUGAUACGUUGUGAAUUACAAGGUUAUUCGUUCUCUGAAAUGUUUUAAAUUCGGGU